AAACUGAAUAGCUAGGAGUCAAACCAGACCGAAUCUUCCAUUUAAAGGAUUCGUUCAAAACGUUCAAAGAUUCUUCCAUAAGCGAAAUGCCUCAAAGGAGAAGCCACGUUUGUAGGCAACAGGCAAAAUGUAAACGUUUACACGGUAACCUCUAUCAGGAGGACGUAAAAUGGGUUUGUGUUUAAGCAGGCCUAGAAAACGGUACCAACAGACAAAAAUAUUACGUUACACAUGUUGUUAUUACAGCAUUAUAUAUUUAAAUACCACAGAGCAUGCCAUAACGACGUAUAGAUGCGAAAACCUGAGAUACACAGAGCAAGUGAAUCAUAAAAACACAAUAGGAUGAUUUUUGCAGGUUUAGAACCCGCCCAUAGAAAGAGACUCGCAAACGUCAUGGUUUUUCUCGCCUCAUGUUAUUUUUCUAGAAAAACUAACGUUAAGCCGAUUACAGUCGAUCUCGUUGAGGAAUUUCGGCCAUGUCUUGUGUGCGUAAGCUUCGCAAAAGGACGAAAUCCCAGGAGUUAGUUUACCAAGAACAGUGCAAGAUCGUGGCACAAGAGAAUGGGAAACGCAUAGGUCUGGAGGAAGACCCAGACCUGCAGUUUUUGCUGAAAGGUGGAGACCUAGUAAAGGUGAAGUCAAGGUCAUGGAGGAAGACCCGCUACUUUCGGCUGAAUGAAGACUGCAAGACUGUGUGGCAACAGACCAGCAAGAGAUUCAAGAAAGACUCCAGCUUCAGUCUUGAGGACAUCGAUUCGGUGCGGUAUGGCCGUCAGACUGAAGGGCUGCAGAAGUACACUGACUCCUUGGCAGACGACCGCUGCUUCUCCAUUGUCUUCAAAGGUCGACGAAAGAACCUGGACUUGAUCGCCUCAUCCAAAGAGGAGGCCAAGAGAUGGGUCAGCGGUCUGGAGAAGAUCAUGACUGGCAUGCACAGCCUCAACCGACAGCAGAACAGCGAACACUGGAUCUAUAAUUGCAUGCGCAAGGCAGACAAGAACGCAGACAACAAAAUGUCCUUGAAGGAGUUGAAGCAUUUCCUACGUCAGAUCAAUAUCGAGGUGGACGACAGUUACGCUGAGAUGCUUUUCAAGAAAUGUGACACAUCAAACUCAGGCACUCUGGAGGGAUCUGAGAUUAAACACUUUUACGAUUUACUGACUUACCGUGAGGAAAUUGAUGUGAUCUAUGAGAAGUACGCUAGUACCAAUGGACAGAUGAGCUCUGGCGACCUGUUGAACUUUCUCCAAAAUGAGCAGAGGGAGCCAGUGUCUUUGGAGAGUGCAAAGAAGCUUAUUGAGAAAUAUGAGGUGGAUGAGACAGCCAAACAGAACAAGUACAUGAGCAAAGAUGGUUUCCUGAUGUACCUGAACCAUGAAGAAGGCUCCAUCUUUAACCCGGCCCACAAACCUAUAUACCAAGACAUGCAUCAGCCGCUCAAUCAUUACUUAAUUUCCUCUUCCCACAACACCUAUCUGAUGGAGGACCAGCUGAAGGGGCCUAGCAGCACAGAAGCCUAUAUCAAAGCGCUGAUGAAGAGCUGUCGCUGUGUGGAACUGGAUUGCUGGGACGGUGCGAACGGAGAGCCGGUCAUUUACCACGGCCAUACGCUCACAUCCAAAGUGCUCUUCCAAGAUGUCAUCAAGGCCAUCAAAGAAUAUGCUUUCAAAACCUCACAGUAUCCAGUGAUCCUGUCUUUGGAGAACCAUUGCUCCACAGAGCAGCAGAAGAUCAUGGCCCAUCACUUAACCUCCAUCCUGGGCAGCGCUUUGCUCACUCAACCCCUGGGGCAUCAAAUGCCCAAAAGUUUUCCAGGACCUGAGGAGCUGAAGGGACGUUUCCUGAUCAAGGGCAAGUGUUUGAACAAACUGGAUGCAGCAUUCAACAACAACACCACAGAGGAUGUGGACAGUGUGUCAGAGGAAGAUGAGGCUGCUGAACUCAAAGAGGCUGAACAGAAACCAAAGGACAAGAGUUCCAAAAAGAUCAAGCUGGCUAAGGAGCUGUCAGACCUGGUCAUCUACUGCAAAAGUGUCCAUUUCAGCAACUUCGAGCAUUCAAGAGAUAACCACGCUUUCUAUGAAAUGGCCUCCUUCAAGGAGAGCAAAGCAAUGAACCUGGCAGAAAACUCAGGUACGGCAUAUAUUCAUCACAACAUGGAUAAGCUGAGCAGAAUCUACCCAGCCGGCUCCAGAACUGAUUCAUCCAACUACAAUCCAGUGCCCCUGUGGAACGCCGGCUGCCAAAUAGUGGCUCUAAACUUCCAGACUCCUGGUAAGGAGAUGGAUCUGAAUCAGGCCCGCUUUCUACCUAAUGGCAAGUGUGGCUACAUACUUAAGCCAGAGUUUCAGAGGGACCCGGCCUCACAGUUUGACCCCAAGAACCUCAGUGUAGGCCCCUGGCUGAAGAAAAAGAACUUGCAUGUCAUGAUCAUAUCAGCCCAGCAGCUGCCUAAGAUCAAUAAAGACAAGCAGAAGUCUAUCGUGGACCCUCAGGUCAGGGUGGAGAUCUACGGUGUGCCCGCCGACAACGCCAGCAAACAGACACAUCACAUUGACAACAAUGGUUUCAAUCCUAUGUGGAACACAAAAUUCCAGUUCACUAUUUACGUGCCAGAACUGGCUUUGGUGCGGUUUGUGGUGGAGGACUACGACGCUGCUUCCCAUAAUGACCUGGUUGGCCUGUACACGCUGCCCUUCACCAGCAUGCAGAAUGGAUACCGCCAUGUGCCUCUGCUCACGAAGAGAGGAAACCUCAUUCCUUCAGCGGGACUGUUUGUACACAUCAUGAUUCUUGAUGCCAAAUAAACUCCAGCAUUCCCCUCAGUCAUCACAAUGUCAAAGUGUGCAGAUCACUGAACAAGACAAUCAGCUAAACUGUCCUCUGCAAACACUUUUAGGAUAAGAUUCGGACCUUUCCGAUGUGCCUUGUGCUUUACUGUUCUCCUUACCAUUUGAGUACAGAGGUGUCCCUUAAAAUGCUUCAUGGAAUUAGUACAUGCGGUUCAGUUUCGAAAAACAGGUGGGGUAACUAAAGACAUAAGAAAAAAAUCUACGCCUUCUUUGUCUUUGAUUUUUUUUCCCCCAUAGCAUACAAAUUGAAUACAUUUAAACAAGUACUGUUUAAAUAAAAACAUUUAAAGUUUAUUUAAAGUUAUUUUACAUUUUUAUAUUUUAAAAAAAUAUUUUAAGAUUUUUUGGAGUUUGGCUACCAGUUAGAGUAGUACUUUCUAGUGCUGUCAAAUCGAUUAAUUGCGAUUAAUCAUAUCCAAAAUAAAAGUUGGUGUUUACCAGUGUUGGGUGUAAUGCUUUACAAGUAACGCAAGUUACAUAAUCAGAUUACUUUUCUUUUUUUUUUUUUUCAAGUUACUAGUAAAGUAACGCAUUACUUUUAAAUUUACAAGAAAAUAUGAGUUACUUUUUUAAAUACGUAACGCCAGUCGCCAGUUACUUUGUUUCCCAAUUUAUUCAUUGACACCUCUACUGUAAUAUACCUUUUGGGGCUUUUGUUAUUAAUAAACAAAUAAGCAAGCCUAGGCCAGGUGACAAAAAGUAACGUAUUAGACGUAUAAGAGUAACUAAGUAACGCAAUUAGUUUAGUAAUAUAUUUUUAUUUAUAUUUAGUAAUAUAUACAUGUAUGUAUGUGUAUUUAUAUAUACAUAUAAAUAUACCCAUCACACACGUAUAUUAUAUAAACACUAACUUUUAUUUUGGAUGUGAUUAAUCAAUUUGACAGCACUAGUACUUUCAGAAAACACAUUUUCCCACACUCAAGUCCAUUUUAAGAAUUCCAUCGGUAUUCCUGUCUAAAUCAGUUUAGAUUCGUAAUUGGAGAAUGUUUUACCUAACAGUUUUCUAUUUUAAUAUUAAAAAAUUGUAUAUUUAAAAAUAUACUACACUGAUCCCUUUUUACAUUAACAGAGUAUUUAAACAAGUGUUUGUAUAUAAUUUCUGAUUGUCAAUCAAAGUGUUUUUGUCUAGACAUUCACGUUAAGUCACAAUAUAUCACAAUUAUAUCUUGGUUAAACAGGAGAUUUAAUCUUAAUACCAUCCUUUUGUUCAUUGUUGUGUGAGAUGAGUUGAACAGGAGUACUAUUGUUUGAUAUUUGUUAGUUACAAUGACUUGCGUUGGCUUAUGCUCAGUUGUUCUUUACAUGAACUCAGGAUACAAAUGAACCGUUUACCCCAUAUUACCAAUACUGUACAUGCUAUCCAUUAUUUCCUGAUAAACAUGUUCAGCUAUCAAUGAUAAUCACAUUAUAUACGAAUCUGAAGAGUAGGCGUGUAUUGAGUUAUCUUGUCAGAGAAGUAAAGGUGUUGCACUACAAAUGUGUAUAACGUAAAAGAAAGGAAAAGUUAUACAUUUACAAACAGUAGCUGUGCUUUAUAUUUUUAAGGUGUUUGUUUUGUAUUCAUUGUUGUUGGUAUAAGGUAUUGCUGCUUUGAUCUGCUCCUUUUCUAGAAAUAUUUCUAUUUUUAUGUUGUUCUUAACUUAUCUAAUGUGCCUUAAAGGAAAGUUGUUACACCGGCUGUUACCGUCUACUUCAGCAAUAUUAAGCCAUAACAACAUCUGUUUCUGAUGUCCUGUUCUGACGUCCUCCUAACAGGAAAGAACUGGCGUUACUGACUCUAAAAUACUGUGACAUUCAACUAGUGCAUUCAUUAAACUGAAUUAAACAUCUCAGAAACAUU